AUGUUACGGAGAGCAGCGCAUCUCGUGCUACUACAGCAACAGCGACUGUACCGGCAGCCAGAUGUGCGGAGGCCGCCCCACCGAUUUGAAGAAGUGCUAUGCAUCCGGCGGAGGGCGAUAUUCGAUGGCUCCGACGAUGAAGUUGCAGAGUUCUGCACUACCACCACAACGACUGCAUUUGCAGGGAUUUCAGGGAACAUCAGCAUCUACACGGACGGCGGCUGUUCAGUGCUUGAUGGGACACACUCCAUCGAUCUGGGUCCCUGCACAAUGACCGGCUCGACCAGCUCGCAAGACUUCACUUGCAUGGAAGGGUCCAUCGCUUACAACGUGUACAGCACUAAUGACUGCACCGGCGAGGCAACGACGCAGGUCUUUGAGCAGGGCCCCUGCAACCCAGUGGACAACGGCACGUCAUCUUGGCUCGUUGCUUUCCCCGGAUGCACCGGAGGCGCAAGCUCGUCAGAUUCGUCAGCAGCAGUGCACUUGAAUGUUGGAUUCAUGAUUCUCAGCUUGCUUGCUUGCCGCUAG